AUGGCGAUUGGAAGAGUUGGAAGGGGCGUAGCUGGUCAUGUUUUAGUAGUAAACUCUGUUGUGCACCUUAUUAUACUUGGAUUAGCCGGUUGGUCUCUUGACAAGUACAUCAAUGGUGAACAAAACCAUCCUCAUUUGGGAGGGAAUAUGUCAACGAGCUUUCUUUUGAUGUUUGCACUUAUAGCUAGUGCCGUUGGAGCUUGUUCAGUGUUUGCUGGGUUCGUCCAUUUUCGGGCAUGGAAAACUGAGAGUUUAGCUAGUGCUGGUCCUUUAGCACUCAUAUCCUCAGCCGUAACUUCUCUGGCUUUUGGGUAUGCAUUUCUUUUCUCUCUAAUCAUAUAA